CGUGCCAGAUUUUGUAAUUAAAGACCCUCAAGAGGCUCCAGUCUGGGAAAUUACAGGAGCAGAGUUCUCCAAAUCAGAAAACCAUUCCGCUGGUGGUAUUUCCAUCCGCUUCCCACGGGUGACGCGUAUUCGAAAUGAUAAGGAUUGGAAGAGUGCUACCAAUCUGGCGGAGUUGAAGAAGCUGUAUGAGUGCUCGAAAACGAAAACCGAUUUUGAUCGUUCGACGGAAGACGAAACUCCAUUGUAUGUAAAAGAAGGCAUGGAUCAUGGCGAUGUAGAGGAAAUGGUUGCGGAAUCCGUUGAAGCCCUUAUUGAGACUUCUGGAACAGGCAAGAGGAAGCAUAAGGAGGAGAAUGAGGAGAAUGAACCUGAAACUGUAGAGGCUAAAAAGCCGAAAACGGAAGAAGCGGAAGAAGAUGCUGAGCAAUGCCCGCCCGGAAAAACGCCAUGCAAGUAG